ACAACCUUGACAGUUUCGUGAAAAAUUCGACGCACCUGCCAUUCGAGGGCUGAUAGGCAUGCAAAUUGCUUCACUGAUACUGUUCAGCUCUACAAACAGCUCAGUUAGUAGUUACUUGAUCUUUGGAAUUUGCCUUAAAAAGCCCAACCUUGUACCCAUUUCCCAGAAGCGGAAACACAUCGGACGACCUUAAGUGUUGUGUUUGAAGCUCGACAAUGGAUAUACAGUACGUGUACCAGAAGGAGCGGCGUGAGUUCGGGAAGCAGUGUCUGUUCUCCGACAAGAACAAGGUGGAAUUUUCCGAACCGGCCAACCAUGACCUGUUCCGCGAGUACAUACUGCGGGAUCCCGUAUCGGUGGGCACACAGUACAGCCGCCAGAUGGCGAUCAGCGAGGCAAACACGGAGAGUGCCGAGUACGAACAUCACGGUAUCCUGCAUUCGGAGGGCGGCUGGCCGAAGGAUGUGAACUAUCUCGACCCGGAGCAAACCGUACGGUACCGGCGGAAGGUGGAAAAGGAUGAAAGCUACAUCAGCCAGCUGAUGGCACUGACCAAACCGAUGGAGCACUGCAUCUUCCAGAACAAUGCGGUCAACAUCUACGAGAAGUACUUUGACGAUCUCGAACCGGCCCCGCUGAUCGAGCGCAGCAGCUCGCGCACGCUGAACGUGUACCGUGAUCCGAGCAUCUACAAGCAACCGGUAACGCACCUGUCCUGGUCACCGGACGGUGGCACCAAGAUUGCCGUAUCGCACUGCAACAUGAACUUUGGCGAGGUGCUCGGUAAGGCGGUGUGCUCGUACAUCUGGGAGGUGGAGAACCCGAACGCACCGUUGCUGCGCUUCAAGCCCAUCAGCUCGAUGAUCUGUCUGGAGUACAACCAGAAGGAUCCGACGACGCUGGUGUGCGGGAUGUACAACGGGCAGGUAGCGGCCUGGGACACGCGGAACGAGCAGGAACCGGUCAUGAUUAGCGAGCGGGAACACUCGCACCGCGCACCGGUAAAUUCGGCGCUCUGGAUUAACUCCAAGAGCGGUACGGAGUUUUUCUCCGGCUCGUCCGACAGUCAGGUGAUGUGGUGGGAUACACGCAAGCUAUCCCAACCGAUCGAUAAGCUGCUGAUGGAUCCGAUCAAAGCGGACGAGCAGGAUCUGUCCCGUUCGUACGGUGUCAGCUGUCUCGAGUACGAAACGUCCAUUCCGACACGGUUCAUGUGUGGCACCGAGCAGGGUAUGCUGUUCUCGUGCAAUCGAAAGGGAAAAUCUCCCCAGGAGAAGAUUGUCUUCCGGAUGCAAUGCCACACGGGACCGAUAUACGCGCUGACACGCAACCCGGCGUUCGUGAAGAACUUCCUCACCAUCGGCGAUUGGAUCGCACGGAUCUGGUCGGAAGAUUGCCGGGAAAGUUCGAUCGUCUGGACGAAAAAUCACGACGUCAUGCUGACGGACGGUGCCUGGAGCCCGACACGCUACUCGCUGUUCUUCGUUAGCCGUGUGGACGGUGUGCUGGAUGCGUGGGACCUGCUGCAGCAGCACAGCGAACCGACGCUCAGCAUCAAGGUGUGCGACGAAAGCCUGAAGUGUCUGCGGGCACACGAAUCGGGCCGGCUGGUCGGUACGGGCAGCGUGAAGGGUGCCACCUUCCUGAUCGAAAUGUCCGAAAACAUGACCUCGAUACGGAACGACAAGCCACUGUUGACGGCGAUGCUCGAGCGUGAAAACCGUCGCGAAAAGAUACUGGAAGCGAAAUCGCGCGAGAUGAAGUUGAAGGUGCGCACCUUAAACCGUCAGGACGAACAUACCGAGGACAAACCGAAGCUUUUCCAGUGUCGCUCUGCCUGUGAAGCUGCCGAACAGGAGUACCUCCAAAUGCUGGAAAAGGAACGAAAAUCGCGCCAUCCGGAAGAGUACGAGGAAGAGUAUGAUCCGAAGAAAGUGAGGAAACCCUACAAACCGGACAACUACGAGUCUGAUGGUGAAAACGAGUGAUGGCGACUCUUGCGCAGUUCACUUCCUGAAGCGUUACGCAAAUCAUUUAUUACAAGGACGACGGGCCAAUUCAUUGCUGCUGUUUUGGAAAAUGGUUUCUUUUGGUCAACAUUUUACUCCCUUCACCAUUGCUUCUGCCCUUACUCUUUCUUCCCUGCUUCCGGGGGAUCAACAGUCGACAAAUCUCUAGUAAUCAGUACUAUCAACGCGUGUAUAGCGCCAACUAAGGAAUAGUGUACACAUCCCUCAAUCAGGUGCAACUUCAAACGGCUUUGCAGUGUUUAUUGUGAUAAGGUUAGCUUUUUGCAAUAUUUUAAUAAGUAUGUUUAGGCCCCAAUAAAUGCUCCAAUGCCUGUAGGACAAAAACGUGAGGU